AUGUCAGCAGUCAAUAGAUUAAAUGUACUGAAAGAAAAUGAAACGAAAAUGAAUCAAUACUUACGUUCUUUAUAUCUCAAAAAUAUAAUUGAACAACCAUUAUAUUAUAGACUUCGAUCUACCAGUACUUCACUUAGUGUUAUGUACGAUCAGCCGAAAGUACAUCGUAAUGGUUAUCCGUUAAGACCUAUUAUUUCGUCCGUCGGUUCGUACAAUUAUGAAUUGUCAAGACACUUGGCACAAAUUAUUCAAAGAUAUCGUACUCCACCUCCAUCAUUUGUCAAAGACUCAUUUCAAUUCGUCGAAAGAAUCAAAAAUAUAGAUUAUGAGGAUGGUCAAAUUAUGGUAAAUUUUGACAUUGAAUCGUUAUACACAAACAUUCCUGUGUACGAAGCCAUUGAAACUGCAUUGGACCUGAUUUAUGUUGAUGGUAUUAAACCCAAUGAUGCUCCAUAUUGUAGAGAUAAGAUGAAAGAAUUAUUGAAAUUAGCGAUAUGUGAUGUUCCGUUCAGAUUUCAAGCAGAGUUAUACAAACAGAAGGAUGGUGCUGCCAUGGGCAGCUGUUUAGCUCCUAUCUUGGUCGACGUAUUGAUGAUUAAGUUGGAACAAAAAUUAAAUAAAUUAUCGUUCAACAAACCACAAUUGUAUUUAAGGCAUCGAAAUACUCACUUUACCGCGGAAGUUGAAAAUAAUGGACAAUUGCCGUAUCUUGAUGUUAUGAUCAUGAGAAAUAGCAAUGACAGAAGAUAUGACACAACGUUGUACAAGAAGCCUACUGAUACCGGGUUAUAUUUAUUAUAUGAAUCCAAUCAAUGUCGAAGGUACAAGCUAGGUCUUAUCAAAACGUUGACAGUAUGCAUUCUUCGGAUCUGUUCAACACCAC